CCAGCCCCAAGCUGGCUGCCGAGGCCGCCGACCCCAUGGAGGAGUGGGACGUCCCCCAGAUGAAAAAGGAGGUGGAGAGCCUCAAGUACCAGCUGGCCUUCAAGAGGGAGAUGUCCUCUAAGACCAUCCCCGAGCUCCUCAAGUGGAUCGAGGAUGGGAUCCCCAAAGACCCCUUCCUGAACCCCGACCUCAUGAAGAAUAACCCAUGGGUGGAGAAGGGCAAAUGCGUCGUCCUGUGAAACCCCGCCCCCCAUGAGCAUCCCCCCUCUGAAUGUGAAGGUGAUUUUUAUAAAGGGAGACUUUUCCAGCG